ACACACACACACACACACACACACCCUGUCCCACUCUCACACUCAGCUCAGACUGACAGUAGUGAGUGGAAGCACAGACACACUGAGGAACCAGGAUCUCCCUGAGGAUUUUAGGACACUGCUUUAGGGUGUGUGUGUGUGUGUGUGUGUGUGUGUGUGUGUGUGUGUGUGUGUGUGUUAAUGAUGGCAUGCCAGCUUACACUCCCGGUGUGUGUGUUCCUGCUGUUGUGGUCAUGUGUGUGUGGCUUUAACCUGGAGACCACUGACACGCUGAGCAAAGAGGGAGAACGCGGCAGCUUCUUCGGCUUCUCACUCGCCCUCCACACACAGACCACCCCCCAUAACCAGAGCUGGAUCCUGGUGGGGGCGCCACGAGCUCGAGGUCUUGGUCACCUGCGUCACACUCACACGGGUGCUCUGUAUCGCUGUCCAAUCACAGCUGAGGAGUUUGAUUGUGAGCGAGUCGACAUCGAUGGAGACGUGAGUUUGGACAGAGAGAGUAAAGACAAUCAGUGGCUCGGUGUGACGGUGAAGAGUCAAGGCAUCGGAGGAAAAGUCGUGACGUGCGCCCACCUUUACGAACUCCGCCAGCGUGUUAAUCAGCCGUCUGAAACCCGCGACCCGAUUGGCCGGUGCUACGUGCUCAGUGAAGACCUGAGUGAGAGAGAUGACCUGGACGGAGGAGAAUGGAAGUUCUGUGAAGGUCGUCCUCAAGGUCACGAGCAAUUUGGUUUCUGUCAGCAGGGACUAGCAGUGAGCUUCACCCCCGAUAAUAACUACAUCCUGUUUGGAGCGCCGGGAACCUAUAACUGGAAAGGUGAGAUGCAUGUUCAGCUGCUCAACCAGACAGUGUUGGAUUUGGGUUACUAUGACGACGGGCCAUAUGAAGUGGCGGAUGAGAAACAGUUAAAUGCAGCGUUAAUUCCUCUUCCGUAUCACAGCUACCUGGGUUUUUCGGUGGACUCGGCUAAAGGAGUGAUGCAGCACUCGGAGCUAACGUUCAUAGCUGGCGCACCUCGUGCUAAUCACACUGGCGCCGUGGUGCUGCUGAAGAAGGACAGCGCGUACCGCCUCGUCCCCGAGUUCAUCCUGUGGGGGGAGGAGCUAGCGUCCUCUUUCGGAUACUCUGUGUCUGUCACAGACCUCAACCAGGACGGGUGGACAGAUUUAAUCGUUGGAGCUCCAAACUUCUUCGACCGUAAGGCGGAGAUUGGGGGGGCGGUGUACGUGUUCCUGAACCCCACUGGUCACUGGGAGGAGGCACGGCCCAUCCGCCUCAACGGAACCUACGACUCCAUGUUCGGCAUGACGGUGAGCGCCACGGGAGACCUCGACCUCGACGGAUACACAGAUUUUGCAGUGGGUGCUCCGUUUGAUGGACAGGGUAAAGUGUUUAUUUUCAGGGGUUCAGCUGAAGGAAUCGACACUAAAGCGUCUCAGGUUCUGGACGGAUUAAAUGCAGGAGUGUCCCGUUUCGGUUACUCCAUAUCCGGAGGUUUGGAUAUCGAUGGGAAUUUGUACCCGGACCUGGCGGUCGGAUCCCUCAGUGACCAGGUGGUUCUGUUCAGGUCACGGCCGGUGAUCCAGGUGAUCAGGGACAUUUCAGUGGAGCCGCAGCACAUUGACCUGACGCAGCACACCUGUAAGGGCCGAGACGGUGUGUGUGUGGAGGUGAAGGCCUGUUACAGCUACAGAGCUCAGCCUGAGUCUUACUCACCUUACAUCACUCUCGGUGUUCAUUUCGAGGCAGACACUGAGCGCCGGAAGUCGGGGCUGCCUCACAGAGUUCACUUCCUGGGCCGAAGUUCAUCUGAGCCUGAAUACAUUCAUUCAGAAGAGCUCGUGCUGAGAGGCCAAAGUCACCCAGCCUGCCAGACCGCCACCUUCAUAGUGCAGGAGAACAUCAGAGAUAAACUGCGUCCGGUCUCCCUCGCUAUCACACACACCAUAAAAAGGACACGGCAUGACGGACACGGCGGUGAUCACACACACACACACCAGCGUCUGGGCCGUCUCACCCCCGUCCUGAGUCUCACCCCCCCUAACACACUCCACUCUGAGGUGAACUUCAUCAGAGAGGGCUGCGGUGACGACAACAUCUGUCAGAGUAACCUGAAACUGAACUACAGAUUUGGGACACGACCCUCAAUUUCAGAUCUCUUCACUGCUUUACCAAUAGGGGAGGAUGGCGUGCCUGUGUUUUCUCUUUCUGAUCAGAGGUCAGUGGUUUUGGAGGUGACGGUGAUGAACAAGCCCUCUGACCCCACCCACCCCGAGGAGGAUGGAGACGAUGCCCAUGCUGCUCAGCUCACACUGACACUACCACACACACUCACCUACUCUGGGGUCAGGGGUCAGCAGGUGGUCUGUGAGGCCAAUCAGAAUGGCUCCCAGGCGGAGUGUGAGCUCGGAAAUCCACUAAAGAGAGAUGCUGUGUUGAUCUUCUACAUUAUAUUGAGCACGUCAGGCAUUACAGUGGAAACCAGGUCUUUAUCAGUGAACCUGCAGAUGUCCACGAUCAGUGAUCAGCUCCACCUGUCUCCUGUUACAGCUCUCGCUCGAGUAGUGAUCGAACUUCCUUUCACUGUCACCGGAGUGGCUCGUCCUCAUCAGCUGUUCUUCAGUGGGAAGGUUCGAGGUGAGAGUGCGAUGGAGACACUGGACCAAACAGGAAGUGAAGUGGAGUUUGAGUUUACUGUGUCUAACAGCGGUCAGUCUCUGCAGACUCUGGGCUCGGCGUUUCUCACCAUCAUGUGGCCUCACCAGCUGGCGAAUGAGAAAUGGCUGCUUUACCCGACGGGUUUACACUCGGCCCAUCCACACACACACUGCACACACCACCCUGCACUCAACACGCUCGGCCUCAGACACCCACCUCAUACACACCACACACACACACAGCAGCUCCAGGUCAGGAGAACGCGCUCAUAUCCCGAGGAUGAGGAACAAGCGCCCAUGAAGAACAACAUAAACGACAACACGCCAGCCGUCGCUGCGAACGAGAGACGCAAAUCCCUCAAACUGGACUGUGUGUUAGGCUCAGCGAGGUGUGUGGUGUUUCAGUGUGCACUGCAGAAUUUCUCCGGUUCUGCGAAGUUCACAAUCAAAGCUCGUCUCUGGAACAGCACAUUCAUAGAGGAGUUCUCGGCGGUCAGUGUGUUGGAGGUGUUGGUCAGAGCAAACGUCUCAGUGAAGUCUAGCAUAAAACAUCUGGUGCUGAGAGACGCUGCUGCACAGGUAUCAGUGAUGGUGUAUCCUGAGCUGAGUGUGUUGGAUCAGUCAUGGGUUCCAUGGUGGAUUAUCCUGAUCGCUAUAUUAGCUGGAGUGAUCGUCCUCGCUGUGAUCAUCUGCAUCCUGUGGAAGUUCGGGUUUUUCCGGAGGUCUCCAUAUAAGGACAGCGUUCCUCAAUAUCAUGCAGUGAGAAUCCGGCAUCAGGAACGUUCUCACCUCCACCCUGACCUCCAGCCUGAAAAACCUCUCAAACCUGAAAAAGCCCCCACAUCACACUUCAAACAGUGGAGGACACAGUGGAGCGACAGCACACACUGACACCCACACACACACACACACACACACACACACACACACACACACACACACACACAGGUUUACUUCGGCAUGUGCUAAUAAUCCGUUAAGCGAUAUUAAACACACAACAGCAUUAUAGUGCUUCCAGAAGUCCUCUGUGUUCCACUUAAGAUGCUGCUUACAUAGAGAAUAGGGCAUAGGGUUGUCUGUCUGGUCCAUAUAUGGGAUAGAGUGUGUCUUUCUGGUCCAUAUAUGAAUAUGGCAUGUCUUUCUAGUCCAUAUAUGGGAUAGGGCAUAUCUUUAUGGUCCAUAUAUGGGAUAGGGCAUGUCUUUAUUGUCCGUAUAUGGAAUAGGGUGUUUCUUUAUUGUCCAUAUAUGGAAUAGGGUGUGUCUUUAUUGUCUAUAUAUGGAAUAGUGUGUGUCUUUCUGGUCCAUAUAUGGAAUAGGGUGUGUCUUUAUGGUCUAUAUAUGGAAUAUAUGGCAUAUAUUUGAGCCCAAAUAUGGUAAUCGUGGCAGUGAGUACAUGAGGAAGUGUUUGUGUGUAUAUAGAAAUGGGGUUAUUGAAGAAAAAGUCAUUAUUUGUCACACAUACAUUACAUUACAGGGAAAUUCUUUUCUCUGCAUAUCCCAGCUUUUUGGAAGUUGGGGUCAGGGUCAGCCAUAAUAUAAUGCACCUGGAGCAGAGAGGGCUAAGGGCCUUGCUGAAGGGCCCAACAGUGGCAGCUUAGUGGUGCAGGGGCUUAAACCCCCGACCUUAGCCCCUUAAUAUUCCCAUUUCAGGAAAGUAGGAUGUAUGUAUGUAUAUAUAUAUAUAUAUAUAUAUAUAUAUAUAUAUAUAUAUAUAUAUAUAUAUAUAUAUUACAGAUUAUAGAUGGUUGGUGAAUGUAGUGUGAUUUCUAGGAGAAAAUCAGAAUGCAAUCAUGAAAUCUCUUUUGUGUGCUGAUUAGGAACAUUUAUAGGGGCGUGUCUUUGUAUUUAUAUAUGAGCGAGAUGGACACACCCACUUGUCGACAGACAAACCCCACUCUUUAGUUUGGACAAAUGUGAAAAAGCAUGUGAUCUUCUGGAAAAUGAUAAUCCUAUAAUUCUGUUAAAGUCCACAAAGAAAUGUCUCUCAGACACAAAACUGAUAAUAUAUCAUAAACUGUGAUCAGAUCUAACAUUAGCUUGGGGCUGCUUUUGCAUUCAACUGUAAGCAAUAAAUGCUGUAUGUUCAAGGACAACACACACACACACACACACACACACACACACUAAGAUGUAUAUCUAUGCUGCUGAGUGGCAUUCUUUUUAUAUUAGCUUAAUCUAAACACUGCUAAUGUCCAGUAAACACAUGUUAACAUGCUAGGAACAUGAGCUUUUACUAUAGCACUUGAGAUUCUUCUAUAGCCUUAUCUAGAACAAUUCAGAUCAUUUCAACACUUCAGAUGCCCUCUAGUGGGCAACAAACAUGGGAAUAUUGUUACUUAUUAAGAGUUUGGGAAACAGCUGCAGAUGUUUUAGGAAAUAAAUGGCUGCUGUGUGACGUUCCUGAUGUUUUUUUCUUUGUUAAACCAGUGCUUAAGUUUUCAGACUUAGUCAUAAUUUGUUCACAUUAUUAUUUUUUAUGGCUUGCCACACUUGCUCGAGUCACUAACUGUUUUUUUUUAGAAAUGUGUUCUUUAAUUAAUUACUGUAUGUAAAUAUAAAAAAGAUGAGCUGCAGGUUUCAGAAACUCUUCUUUAAAGGAAGCUCUCAGUCAUUUGUGUGUGUUAUAUUUGUCAUUUCUGAUGCAAGUGCCUUACAGGAACAUCACUGACUCCAUUACUCAGAUGAGCUGACUUUAUUUGCCGGAUGUUUUACACAUACUUAAAAAUAAAAUGUAAAAUAAAUAUUCAGAAAGUUCUUCAGAUUUCUUCAGUUAGAGCAGAAACCCGCAGCAUGGUGUAAUAACUAACGAACCAAAUGAUAUAGCGAUGUUCAGAAGACUCACUAAUGCCAUUUAAAAGAUUUGACUCAACUCUGUGUCACUUUAAUGAUUCAGUUCUUUAAAAUUACUGUUUAAACAAAUCAUUGAGAUUUUUAUCCAUCUGAUUCUUUUGAACCACUGAUUCUGUUAAUUAAUUGUUUUGGAUUAAGUUCUUGCCAGCUACUAAUUUUUUGAUUCGUUUGAUUCCAAUUCAAACUCACUUAAGUAAUUUGACUCCUUUUUGGCUAACUCUAAGUGAAUCAAACUGUAGAAGUUUUAAUUCACUUGAUUCUCUAUUGUAAGUAAAUUCAUUUCAAAAAAUAAAUUAUGUUUUUAUUUAUUUGACUUGCGAAUGCAACUCAUUUUAUUAAAUCUUCCUAAAUUACCCAUAUAACGAACAACAUUUCUGUUUAUUAUGCUUUAAUGAUUGAUUAUUUAGUUAUUUACUACAACUGACAAAAAAAAAAGGUAUUCAGAAAAAAAAGGUAUUUAGUGUGUAAAAUAACUUGUAAAUGUGUUCUGAUUCUUCUGAUUCAUUUCAUAAGGAGUCGUUUGUAUAGUGUGAAUGAAUCCCCUGUGCUGUGGUUAUUCUGCUGUUCUGGUCUGAUGUUUGAUUUAAUUCAGAUAUUUUAUUUAAUUUACACAUGACUUUAUCAUUGCUUUAACAGUUUCUCUCAUAAAUAUCUGCUCUGUUAUAUCCAAAGGUCACCUGCUGAUUUUUUUUUAAAGUUAUUAAAAAUGACACACAUAUACACACACACACACACACACACACACACACACACACACACACACACACACACACACACACACGGAGGAAGUGUGUACAGUUAGAUUAAUGUGUGUAUUGAAGUAAGACUAUGUGCAUGAUUAUUGCUGGACAAUCUGAUAUUAAAUCUGAUAUUAAAUCUGAUGUUCAAAGCAUGAAACACUGGUUUUCUCUUUAGGUCAUGUGACCUGCUGAUUAUAUUCAUGUUACUGUAAAUAAAUAAAUCAUUUAGUAAAAGAUGA